AUGGCGUCCAUCAUCUUAUUAUGCGCCCUCCCGGCCGCCGUGACGGCGUCGGGCUACGCCGAGAGCGUGGACCUCGUGGACAACUUCCGCUGGACCCAGGAGUUCGGGGACACGCGCACGCUCUACCGCACCCCCGACGCGUCGGCGAGCUGCCUCGCCUCCUGCGCCGAGGGCAGCGACAGCAUCGCCUGCGACACGAACGUCGAGAUGAGCCGCACCUGGCGGCGCGAGGCCCAGACGAGCAACUGGCACUGGGUCUACGCGGACCAGGGCGGCUGGCCGCGGGCCAACGGCGGCAGCAACGAGUGCCUGCGCGACCGCGAGGCGAACACGUACCCCGGCGAGAGCCCCGUGGACGUGGCCCCGGACACGGCGGCGGCGCUGGGCGCCGGCGAGGUCAACAUCUCCCUCGCCGGGUCCUUCGCCUCCGCGCGCGGGGGCCUGAGCGUCGGCAACAACGGCCACAACAUCAACGUGGAGGUCUGCGGCCGCAACGCGUUCGACUGCGCGGCCACCGCGGACUUCGGCCUCUGGCCCAAGACGCUGCGGGGCGUGCCGGGCAACGAGAGCGACACCUACUUCCUCCACGGGGUCCACUUCCACUGGGGGUCCGACCUCACGAAGGGCUCGGAGCACACGGCGUGCGGCUCGCCGCGGCCGGCGGAGAUGCACAUGGUCUUCAUCAACGCGCGCGCGGUCGCCGGCGACCGGUCCGACCCCGACUCGGGCACGCUGCUCGUGGUCCUGGGGACCAUGCUCACGGGCGGCGCGGCCGAGGACAACGCGGCCUUCGCGCCGAUCCUCGAGGUCGCGUCGGCCGCGUCCGGCACGGGCGCGGCGACCUACAUGAACACGUCGGGCACGCUCCAGUCGCCCGUGACCAUCGCGGACCUGCUCCCGGCGACCUACGAUUCCAAGUUCUACACCUACGCCGGGUCGCUGACGACGCCGCCGUGCUCGCAGGUCGUGACGUGGUUCGUCUUCGAGGACGCCGUGCGGCUCAGCGACGCGCAGCUCGACAUGUUCCGCGAGGUCCAGGAGGUCUGGCACGCGAACGCCUGGCAUUCCCACUCCUACAAGGCGCUCCUCUUCCCCUUCGUCGUGCUCGCCAUGGGCGCGUUCACGCAGCACGUCCUGUCGCGCUACGCGCCGUCGGUUCCCUACACGAUGCUCAUGCUCGUCGAGGGCUUCGUCGUGGACUACCUCGCGUCGCUCCAGAACGGCGGCGCCCGGUGGGGGGGCACGAACUCCAUGCAGCAGUCGCUGAAGAUGUGGGCCGACAUCGACGGCCACCUGCUGCUCUACGCGUUCCUGCCCGCGCUCCUCUUCGGCGACGCGAUGGGCCUGUCCGUGCACAUGUUCCAGCGCACGUUCUGGCAGUGCCUGCUGCUCGCGGGGCCGGGCGUCGUGCUCACGCGGCGCGCGGUCAUGUCCGACGUUAUCGGCCCGCGCGACUUCUUCUACUGCUUCGUGCUCUACGUGGUCAUGAUGGCCGUGCGGGCGCUCAUGGUGCUGGCGCUCUACCCGAUCCUGGCGAACAUGGGCUACGGCACGGACCCCAAGGCCGCGGGCUUCAUGGUCUGGGGCGGGCUCCGCGGCGCCGUCGGCUUGGCGCUCGCGGUCUACGUGAAGACGACGCUGCAGCAGAACGGCGACCCCGACGACGCCAAGGACGGGAAGCGCAUCCUGUUCCACGUGGCCGGGCUCGCGUUCCUGACGCUGACGAUCAACGGCACGACCGCGGGGCCGCUGCUCAAGCUCUGGGGCAUGGUCGGCCUGCCGGAGCUCAAGAAGCAGCUCGUCGCCAAGGUCCGGGAGCGCGUCGCGUCGCACGCGACGGCGGCCUACAAGUCCUCCUGCGUCAAGUUCGACCACGACGCCGUCGAGAUGCUCGACCACAUCUCGUCGCUGAAGCACCUGAAGGACACGGAGCACGCGACGCCGACGGCGCUCGGCGGCGGAGGCCACGGCGACUUCGAGGCGCCCAAGGAGGACCACGACGCGCACCACGUCUACUCCUGCGAGGAGCUGGAAGCGUUGUUGGCGAGCUUCGGCGCGGCGCCGAACCCCGAGGAGCUCGUGCUGCUGCGCGAGACGUUCUACCGCAUCGUCAAGAGCGAGUACUGGGAGAUGAUCGAGGACGGCCAGCUCCCGCGCAAGUCCGGCGCGACGCUCGAGCUCCUCAAGUCCAUCGAGGUCUGCCUGGACGACGUCGAGACGACGCUCUUCGACUGGGAGCUGCUGGCGCCGACGGUGAACCAGCAGAUCGGCGGCUCGGGGCAGGACGCGUUCUUCGAGACGCUCGACGACAUCCUGCCCGACUCCGUGACCAUCGACAACCAGCUCCACUACCUGCUCAACUACAAGAAGCACGAGAUCGUCUACUACGUCACGCGCGCGUUCAUCAACGCGCACCAGCACGCGCAGAACAAGCUCGCGGAGUUCUUCGGCGACGACCCGUCGCCGGACACGCCCGAGGAGGUGACGAUCAUGCUCGAGUCCGCGCGCCAGUGCGAGAUGGCCGAGGCGCGCAUGGCGCAGAUCGCGCCGUCGCUCAUCCAGCUCGUGAAGACGAAGAUCAUCUCCCACAACAUCAUGGACAUGCAGCACGAGCUCGUGUUCAAGCUGAUCAAGCAGGGCAUCCUCACGGAGGCGGACGCGGAGGAGAUCCUCCACGAGCUCGACGCGGACACGAAGGCCGUCUCCGCCGCGCGCAAGGAGAAGGCGCGGGCCGUCGCGUCGCUGCACGUCGACGCGGAGCUCGGCAACCUCGACGAGAAGAACCUCUCCGCGGACAAUUUGGCGCUGCUCUCCGAGAUGGAGAUGUCGAAGACGGACUCGCGCGCGUCCAUCAAGAAGCAGGCCUCCAUACGGCGCGUCACCUCCAAGAGCUCCUUCCAGCCGCUGGCGUCCUCCGACUCGCACCAGGACCUCGCGGGCUUCGACGACGGCCCGCUCAUGAUCGAGGUCGACGACGGCGCCGCCGCGCCGCCGCGCAUGGUCCUCGGCGACCCGCCGACGCUCGAGUCCGUCGACGACGCGCCGCCGCCGGCGACGCCGGCGACGCCCCUCGCGGCGGCCAUGAGCCCCCCCAUGGUCAAGUCGCCCGACGACGACAUCCACCACUCCGACUUCGACGACCACGGCCACGACUUCGAGACGGCCGUCGUCGGCUAG